AUGUCAUUAUCCUCAGCCUUUGGCGCCAAACAACAGAUCAAUGAAGUAAAUGUCGUAGACAGAAAUGGCAAUUUGGAUGCCGUUCCCCCUCUCCAACGGGGAACGACGUCGACGACUACAACACCUACAACAAUAGAGUCCUGUCAAGUGGGCGAUAUUAUGAUACAGCUAUUCAACUCGGCCGACUUCCAAUCAAUCGACAACAUGUUCAACUGUGGCGUCAGUGUCAACUCACAGAAUGCCGACGGAAUUGCACUGAUCCACAUGGCCGUGCUCGCACAGAACCUCGUUUACAUCCAGUACCUCAUGUUCAAGGGUGCCAACGUCAACCUCCAGACAGUGACCGAGUCGACACCGUUGCACUUGGCAGCAAGCGUUGGCCGUAUGGACAUUGCUCGCUUGCUGAUUGCCGGUGGCGCUCAGCUCAAUGUUGUCGACGAGGAGGGCGAGGCGCCUGCGCACUUUGCGAUCCGCGAAUCAAAGUCGGAUCUGCUGGGAUUGCUACUGUCUGCCGGUGCCAACCCGAAUGUUGCCAACGACGACGGAGAGUCCCUGUUGCAUCUGGCCGCCUCGCUUGGUGAGGAGCAGUGCUGUCGCCUGCUUGUCUCUGCCGGUGCCAACCUGCUGUCAAAGGACGCCAGUGGUGCCACACCAAUCGCCGAGGCCAAGAGCAAUGGACAUGCCCCAGUCGUUCAAUUCCUUCGCAGUUGUGGAUCCCAAGAGCAAGAGUUGUCUGCCAACUCAUACCCAUUCGCCAACUACUCGGAAAUCAAGUAUGGAAGCAACAACACCAGUUCCAGCCCAAUCUCCUUCUCCAACUAUUAUUUUUAG